AUGAGUAAUAUUUCUACAUCAUUAUUGCCGAAUUCAACGUUUACAACAAUAUCAUCAACAAACUUGAUGUCAAAAACAAUGUUGUCAAACUCAACGUUAACAACAACAACAACAAUAACAACAACAACAAAAACAUCAAGUUUAGUACUUAAUAAUGAUACUAUAUUUAACAUUAUUACACAAUUACUCAAUGGAACCAAACUAUACAAACAUCAAGUAGCUGAUUUAAUGGAACCUGAACAUUUUUCUGUUCGUGAUACUCAUAUUAUUAUUUGGAUAUUCAGCAUUAUUACUUAUGUUCUUGCAAUUCCAAUUGCUAUACGAUUAGUUCGAUCAAGAGCUUAUUUAAAUAUAAUUGAUUAUUUUUCGUUUCAUAUGAUUCUUUGUUCAUUUAUUGCAUGGUUUCCAUCUUUAAUACUUAUACUUUAUCAUUGGUUUCAAUUAUUUACAUUACGACUUUGUCGUUUGCAUUAUGUUAUUUACUCAACAAAUGCAACUGUUCCAAUUUUUUUUAUACUUUAUAUGAUUCUCGAACGUUUUUUCUAUGCUCAUCCAUCAAUUAAACAAAAAUUUACAAGAUUUUCUAACAUGUUUUAUAUUAAUUUAUAUGCAAUUUUUACUUGGCUUUUGAUAAUGCUUAUUUAUGCACUUGCAUCACCAUUUACUCAAGCUGAUUCAAAUUCGACUAUAUCAAUAUAUACAAAUAAAUAUUGUCCUUAUAAUUAUUCUAAAUUACGCUCAAUAGCAACAGCUCGUUCAAUAAUUUAUUUUUGUUUAUUUAUACCAGCUUUAAUAUUAAUUGGUUUUGUUUUAAGAUAUUUUUAUCUUUUACGUGGUACAAAUCAAGUUGCACCAAUACAAAAAUUAUGGACAAUACGUGUUACAUCAUUAUUAUGUGUGAUCGUUUUUUAUGAUAUAUAUUUAUAUUAUCUUGAACAUAUUACUGAAACAUAUAAAUCAUAUUUAUUAGCAUCAAUAUUACGUUCAAGUAUUUAUUUAGUACAAUUAAUUAUAAUUGCUUGUACAGAACCAUAUUGGCUUGAAAUAUUAUUUGAACGUUGUGCUUGUUUACGUUGUAUACUCACUGGUCAACGACGAAAACCAACAACACCAGUUGCUAUAUCAGCUGAAACAGAAAUAAAUACUUUACGAUAUUCAUCAUCUACAGGACAUUAUUCACUUGUUGAUGAUACAGUUAAUGAUGAAUUUGAGGAAAGUACUAGUGGACCACAACCAACAUUACGUAUUGUUGCUUAA